UAUUCAUUUUGACCAUUGGAAGUUAUAUUUGUGAUUAAAAAAACUUUAAAGGGUCCUAGAAAAUUUCUCAAGAAUUCCUCACCUUUUAAAUUGAAUAAAAUAAUGAAAAACCGAAAAAAAGUUUAGAAAUUAUCUAGUGGGAAACUCUAUUUUGAGAGACAGCAUUUACAUGUGUCAAUUAUAUAUUAGUUUUUUUUUUAAAUGUAAAAAAUGACUAAAUAACAUUUUUUACUUACUGAUCUCUAAUAUUGCUAUCUAAAGUAACCCAACUUCACUUAAUUCUCCAUCAUCCGCGACUUCUAAAAAGCUAGAUAUUAGAUUUAAUGUAGGCCCACGAAGGUCAUCAGAUUUUAUUGCAGGCCCAGUUAAAGCCUCGUCGCAUUUUUUUGAUCUAUCGAAUAUAAGAAGUUACGUCUCUUUUCCCAUUCAUCUCUCUCUCUCUCUAUUUUAUCCCCUUUGCUCUCCGUCUUUCGCUGCUUACUCCUCCGCCGAUCCCGGCGGCGAUAUCUCUUCCCCGAUCUCAGCCUACUUUAUCUUCUCCGAUCUACGGCCUCGAAUUUUCACGGAUCCUUGACGGUGCCGUAUAUUGCCGUCACCAAUACGCUCAGAUUUAUCUCAUCCGGCAACCUCCGAUCGCUUUUUAAAUAUUUUUAUAUUCUCUUUAAUUUAAACAUCAUCACAAAACUCUUUUAUUUUAUUUUAUCGAGAAAACUUUUUUUAUUAACUUCUGUCCGUAUCCGCUUAUUUUUCUCGACAAGUCAUGCGUUUGACGCUUUUCACCUCAGGUGAGAAAUGAAUUGACAUCUCUGCCCUUUCUUGUGUACAUUGACCAUUAUCACCCUGAUCCGAUAACCACGUGCCAUCAUCUGAAGAAAAGUAAUCAAAUGAGUCAAAACCACCACGCGCAUGCAGUUCAAACGACGGGCGCGUCGAGAAAACGCAAGGACAUGACGGAGAGUGGUUUAGAUUUUGAUCCAAGAGCCGCUUCGGCUACAUCGAACCUGGUCUUGGCCGGCUACAUGGCUCACGAGUUCCUCACGUGCGGGACGAUGUUGGGCCGGAAGCUAUAUCCUGGAUGGGCUGAAGUUGGGCCGUUGGACACGCCGUCGCCGCAACAACACAGGGAAGUGAAGAAGAAGACUCACCAGAGCUACUCUGAUGUCUCGAGUGUGUUCAAGACAGAUGGGAUCCAUAUUCCUGGUGUGGUCAACCCGACCCAGCUUGCUAAAUGGAUCCAGAUGUGACUGUAAUAAUAAUAAUAGGUAUUUAUCAUCAUUGCCAUUAGCUUUUUCCUUUUUACUUAUGAGUUAUGAUCGUCUCUUUGGAUCUGUUAUGAUCUUUCAACAUGUUACUAAUAAUUUGAUGAAUGUGUGUUAGUCUUGUGUUUA